AUGUCGUCCCUUUUGAAGGAGGAAUUGGAAAGAGUUUUAUUUCGACCUGAGGGACAGAGACUGGUGGAGUUUAUAGAGAUCGAAGAGCCAGCGCCGGGAAGGCAUUUCUUCUGUGUCGGAGUUUCAAAGAAACUAGGCGUACAACUAUGUAUAGUGGGUUGUAACAAGACCAAAGUCGCAAAACCAGCCAAAACUGAAACCAAGAGUUCCCAAACUAAGCGGUCGUCCUUCCAGGACAGCUACAAGAAGAACGAGAUCUGGGCCCUCCAAGACCUCAGUCUCAUUGACGGACGGGACCCCGAUGUUGAUGAUCCAUGCUUCAUACUGCACUUUGACAAGGUCCGCUCUGUGACUGCUAUCAACUGCUCUGCCAAGUACGCUCUAGUCCGGGCUCUGGUGAAACUCAGUGACAAACACAGUAAAGCUGCUCUGAACGUAGAGAACAUGGAUUGGGCUUACGUCAGGCCCACUUCCUUCUACUCCAACAGGGGAGAUUGUGCCGUUCUCUCACAGAUUUGCUUCUACGCAUUCAAUUUGGUCUGUCUCUCAAUGUGUCCUGUCCCCCUGGACUAA